GCAGUGUCUUGUUUCCUCAAUUAUUCUAUCUUCGGAACACCGACUCUCCCCUCCCUCUUCUUUUCUUUAUCUUUGUACUCUGCUGGUCUCCUACUGGACAUAAUACUUCUAUCCAAAUCAUUCUCGAAUAUCCUCAAAAUGAGCACCUUAGGAAUUUUUCCGGGAACAGCAUACCAGCCUCAGGAGGAAGAAUACUUCAACGAUGGACGUGAAAUCGCAUUGCUUCACUUUAUCUACAACCACCCCAAGCUUGACGAGAUUCGUGGAAAUCCGCAGAAGGUGAUAGAUGCCAUUGAUGAAUAUGGAAAGACCAAGAAGUAUCUCAUGAACGUGGGCGAGUUCAAAUCUGGGAUCGUGACAGAACUCAUCAAGGAGGUCAGGCCGCAGGUCAUGGUUGAGCUGGGCGGCUACGUCGGCUACUCGGCCAUCGUCUUUGGGGCUGCCUUCAGAGAAGCUGGCGGGAAGAAAUACUACAGUCUCGAGUACAGUCCAGAAUUUGGUGCUGUGAUCUCGAGUCUGGUGGACCUUGCAGGGCUUCAUGACGUCGUCCAGGUAGAGAUCGGUACCAGCUCCUCGUCCCUGAGGAGGCUGCAUGCGAAUGGCACGCUGAAGAAGAUCGACAUGCUGUUUCUUGAUCAUCUGAAGCCGCUGUAUGUUCGUGAUCUGAAGCUGUGCGAGGAGUUGAGCCUGGUCGGGCCUGGGUCGGUGCUCGCAGCUGACAACGUGGUCAAACCUGGGAACCCUCCAUACUUGAAGUACGUCAGGAGCACAGUCGAGAUGAAGCGUCAAGAGUAUCAAAAGGCGACAGCUGGGGCAGAUCCGCUUUCGCUGCCGGAUCGAGCCAAACAUGUCUAUAAGACCGACGCCGGCGGCGAGGUAUCAGAGACAGACCUUUUUGGAAACCCAAAUCUUGUCUAUGCCAGCAAGUUCAUCGAAGGCUGGGAGCCCAGUGGCGUUCCGGACGCAGUCGAAAUCACCAGGUGUACUGCCGUUGAGGGAUACUCAAAUGGUGUUUGAGAAGUGGAAGAGCCACAUGUACACGUUGAUUUCCUGCUACUGAAGCCUUCAAGUACGAAGUAGUUGGUAGGCUAUAUUUUCAAGAAUAUCCCUAGCGACAUAAGAAACACUGCUGUCUUUCUUGACUCCUCUGGGAAGGAGCAAGACAGACCUCACCCAAUAGCAAUCUAGCUCCUGCACAUACCCAGUUUGAAUGCUUUUCAAUUGAAGCUUCCUUCUACUGUAAACAAAUCUUAAGGGAGGUUAGCAUGACAUCAUUAUUUUGGGAAGUCCAUGCUUUGUUGCUGGCCUUUCUACUCUGG